AUGGCCCCUACAAAUAUCUCUUUGGUGACUGAAUUCAUUCUUGUAGGAUUAGCAGACAAGCAUGAUCUCCAAGUACUUUUGUUCUGUGUGUUUCUAACAAUGUAUAUGGUCACAGCACUGGGAAAUUUGGGUUUGAUGAUUCUAGUUUUGCUGAACUCACACCUUCAUAUCCCCAUGUACUUUUUUCUACUUAACUUGUCUUUUAUAGACCUCUGUUAUUCUUCUGUCUUUACACCCAAAAUGCUGAUGAGCUUCUUGUUAAGGAAGAAUGUCAUUUCUUACACAGGAUGUAUGACUCAGCUCUAUUUCUUUUGUUUUUUUGUGGUUUCUGAAUGCUAUGUUCUGACAUCAAUGGCCUAUGAUCGCUAUGUGGCCAUCUGCAAUCCACUCUUGUAUAACAUUGCCAUGUCCCCUAAGGUCUGUUUAAGUCUUAUGUUUGGUUCAUACUUGAUGGCAUUUUCUGAUGCCAUGGCUCACACUGGAUGCAUGCUGAGACUGACCUUCUGUGAUCGAAACAUCAUCAACCACUAUUUCUGUGACAUCCUCCCUUUGUUGCAGCUCUCCUGCACCAGCACCUAUGUCAAUGAGCUUGUAGCUUAUGUUGUGGUGAUCAUCAACAUCAUUGUGCCCACACCCACCAUCUUUAUCUCUUACUUUUUCAUCAUCUCCAGUAUCCUCCGCAUUCGUUCCACAGAGGGCAGGGCCAAAGCUUUCAGCACCUGCAGCUCACAUAUAAUUGUUGUUUCUUUGUUCUUUGGUUCAGGUGCAUUUAUGUAUUUCAAACCUCCCUCAGCUGGGUCUACAGAUGAGGGAAAGAUCUCCUCUAUCUUUUAUACCAAUGUGGUUCCCAUGAUGAAUCCAUUAAUCUAUAGCUUGAGAAAUAAAGAUGUUAAAUUUGCCCUGAGAAAAACCUUAACCAGCUGCAAGUUUUAA